CCGCGCUCCCGGGGGGCUCCGCCGGUGUCGGGGGGACAUCUUGGGGCGGCGUGGCCGGGACUGGGCCGAGUCCUCCGGCCUGGCGGAGGCGCGGGGGCGGUGCUCCCGCCGGCAGCCGGGACUUCCUGUGACAGCCCAUUUCCUGGUCGGAUGGGGCCGGCGGGGGCUGGCGGCGGCGCAGGGGUCGGUCCCUGACGGGCUCGGUGGCCGCCGGGAGCUCCGCCAGGCAGCGAUGCGGGCCCCGGGCCCUGCCGGCAGACGGCCCCCGCCGUGACCCGCCGCGGGCAGCCUGUGGGGCUGCGGCCGGCCGGCCCUGGGCGCCGCUGCGGGGUGCAUGGAGGCACCUCCCGCCCGCAGAGAGGUGUGAAUCCCCGGAGGACCGCGCGCCUGCUCCGCUCGGCCCCGCCAGGCGAGGGGCCCCGGGUCCCCUCAGCGGCCUCGGCCCGGCCGCGGGAGGAGCCAGCAGGGGCUUGGGACCUUCAGACAGCGUCGACCCCGUCAGCAGGCGGCUGCUGCCUCCGGAGAAAUGAAGAAGUUUUUUGACUCUCGCCGGGAGCAGGGCGGCUCUGGCCCCGGGUCGGGCACCAGCGGCGGCGGCGGCGGCUCCGGCGGCCCCGGCAGCGGGUACAUCGGGCGGGUGUUCAGCGUCGGCCGCUACCAGGUGACGGUGGACGAGGUGCUGGCGGAAGGUGGAUUCGCGAUAGUGUUUCUUGUGAGGACUAACAAUGGGAUGAAAUGUGCCCUGAAGCGGAUGUACGUCAAUAACGAGUAUGAUUUGCAAGUCUGCAAAAGAGAAAUCCAAAUCAUGCGGGAUCUUUCUGGCCACAAGAACAUUGUGGGAUACAUUGAUUCCAGCAUCAACUCGGUGAGCAGCGGGGACGUGUGGGAAGUGCUGAUCCUGAUGGAUUUCUGUCGAGGAGGCCAAGUGGUGAACCUGAUGAACCAGCGCCUGCAGACGGGCUUCACGGAGAGCGAGGUCCUGCAGAUCUUCUGCGACACCUGCGAAGCCGUCGCCAGGUUGCAUCAGUGUAAAACGCCGAUAAUCCACCGGGAUUUGAAGGUUGAAAACAUCCUGCUGCACGAUCGUGGCCACUACGUCCUGUGUGACUUCGGCAGCGCUACCAACAAAUUCCAGAACCCUCAGACAGAAGGCGUGAAUGCGGUAGAGGAGGAGAUCAAAAAGUACACUACGUUAUCCUACAGAGCACCAGAAAUGGUCAACUUGUAUAGCGGCAAACUUAUAACUACAAAAGCAGACAUAUGGGCCCUUGGCUGUUUGCUGUACAAGCUGUGUUACUUCACCCUGCCGUUCGGGGAGAGCCAGGUGGCGAUCUGUGACGGCAACUUCACCAUUCCGGACAAUUCGCGGCACUCGCAGGACAUGCACUGCCUCAUCCGGUAUAUGCUUGAGCCAGACCCCGAUAAGAGACCUGAUAUCUAUCAGGUCUCCUACUUUGCGUUCAAACUGGCGAAGAAGGAGUGUCCAGUGCAGAACGUGCAGAAUUCUCCAAUCCCUGCAAAACUCCCAGACCCGGUUAAAGCAAGUGAAGCUGCUGCAAAGAAGAGUCAACCAAAGGCCAGGCUGACAGAUCCCAUCCCUACGACAGAAACUUCCAUAGCACCCCGCCAGAGACCUAAAGCAGGACAGACACAACCCAACCCAGGGAUUUUACCCAUCCAGCCAGCGCUGACGCCUCGCAAGAGACCCACGGCUCCAGCAGCCAUUCAGUCGCAAGUUGCCGGGCCUGCGGCCCUGGGCAGCACUCAGCCUGCCAGCGUCCCCCAGCAGAAAGCGGCACCUCAGCAGAGUCCAGCGCAGCCACAAGCCAAGCAGGCGGCAGCUCCGCCGCAGACCCCGCAGGCGCAGCCCCAGGUCCCCUCUACUCAGCCACAAGCCACCCCUCAGCAUCAGCAGCAGCUUUUCUUGAAGCAGCAGCUCCUGCAGCAGCAGCAGCAGCAGGCUGCCUAUUACCAGCAGCAGCAGAUGAUGCAGGCUCAGCAGUUCCCAGUGAUGCAGCAAGGAGCGCCAGCACAGCAGCAGCUGAUGCAGAACUAUUACCAGCAGCAGCAGCAGCAGCAGAUGAUGGCCCAGCAGGCAGCCAUGCAGCAGAAGACGGCAACGGUUCAGCAAAAGCAACAAGCGCCGCAGCCUCAGGCCCAGCCGAGCGUGGCCCAGGCGGCACCGCCGCAGGAGCAAGUGAUGCAGAUGCAAAUGAGACAACAGCAACAACCUCAAACCACCCCCCCGGCAGCUGUGCCGGGGCAGAAACUGGGCUCUCUCACCCCCCCGUCCUCCCCCAAGACGCAGCGUGCCGGGCACAGGAGGAUUCUGAGCGACGUGACCCACAGUGCGGUUUUCGGGGUUCCAGCCAGCAAGUCCACGCAGCUCCUGCAGGCGGCUGCUGCUGAAGCCAGUCUCAACAAGUCCAAAUCUGCUUCCACCACACCCUCGGGUUCCCCAAGGACCUCACAGCAGAACGUCUAUAACCCGCCCGAUGUCUCCACGUGGAAUCCGUUUGAUGAUGAUAACUUCUCCAAACUCACAGCUGAGGAGCUGCUGAACAAGGACUUUGCAAAGCUGGGUGACGGGAAGGCUCCGGAAAAGAUGGGCAGUUCCACAGAGAACUUGAUUCCAGGUUUCCAGCCGGCUCCAUCCGCAACCCAGGCAGAUGCGUUUGGUGGCUCUUCCUUCACUGCUGGGUCAGCUGAAAAAACGAAAGACAUUCUGAGUUUGGACGCUAGCCCUCCUCUUCUGACUGUGCCUGACCCGUUCAUUCCUCUCCCGUUGUCCGACACACCAGAAAAACUGAUUGAGGGCCUCAAAUCUCCUGAGACUGCGCUUCUGCUCCCUGAUAUCCUGCCUCUCGCUGACCCCUUCGGUAGCACGUCAGACGCUGUGAAUGGAAAACCUGACAUAGCUGUUGAGAGUCUCAUACCGGGCCUGGAGGCUCCGCUGCCCCAGCGGCUGGUGUCCCAGAGCGAAUCGGUGGCCUCCACCAGAACAGACUCGCUCACUGGGGAAGACUCUCUGCUUGACUGUUCUCUGCUUUCUAACCCUGCUGCUGACCUCCUGGAUGAGUUUGCUCCCGUAGCUUUCGCAGCUCAACCUCACAAAGGUCUGCAGAGGGAUCCGGCCCUGUUCCCGGUUGUAGCUCUUGAACUCUGCAAAGGACCUUCUGGCGGCGACGGACUCGCUUUGUACAAGGGCCAGUCUGAGGGAGCGGAGGUGAGAACACAGCACAACUCAGAGGCCGACUACUUGGUGAAAGACGGUCCUUCGAGCAACAGCUCCUUCUACAGCAGCGAAGGCGAAGGGACCGACCACGAGGGAGAUAUGUUGGGCUGCAGUGGGUCCAGGCCUUUACUGAUGGACUCGGAAGAAGAAGACGAAGCCUGCAAGUUGUGCCCAGGGUUUCUCGAGUCCGCGCCCAAGGAACGACACGAGGCCACUAGAGAAGAUCCCCGCUCGCAGCCCAGAGCAGGGGCCACGCUGUUCCCCGCCUUCCAGUCGCACACCGGCGAGGUUUUUAACGAACCAGAUGUUUUUGCCACGGCUCCUUUCCGCAGCUCGAGAAAAGUGCCUGAUGAGGUGGAUGUCUUUACCAAAGCUCCUUUUAUGUCCAAGGGCAACGCGGCUCUUAGACAUCCAGAAGAAGCAGAUGUAUUUCUGAGAGCCCCUUUCACUAAAAAGAAAAGCACGGAAGAGUUGACGUCCCACAGUCUGCCGAAGGAGACUUUCACACCGCCCAUUUUCCUAAGUCAAGGAGCUGAUGUCCAGCACCGAGCUAACCCCAUGUUCCCAAGCCUGGACUCGGCAACGUGUGUCUCCGCGGCCUCGGCGAGGUCUCCGUACCCAUCUCCCGGGUUUCCUCAGCCAGGGAAUCUUCAUCCCUCUUCCGUAAGGGCCGUGGAGCCCCAGGAGAACAUCCCUCCCAAGGCCGUGCAACCGGAGCCGGCCGGCGCGUCCACCGAGCGGAGCCACGGGCAGGCGCUGCCCCAGGAGAACAAGCCUUUCCAUCCACAAUCCCUGUCAAAAUAUUCCCGUCACUACGGUCCAGAAGAUGGGCAGGGUGUUGAAGUGAAGCCCAUAGCUGCUUACAAGGUGGUUUCUCAGACCAACAGGCAGGUGAUAGCAGGAUCUGUCUCUGUUGCCCCUCUGGCUUCCAGGACUACGGAGCUGCCCGGCGCGGAUCCCUUUGCGUCCGCGCCCUUUCCUUCCAAAGCAGGAAAGCAAAAGCCUUAAUCUGCUGUGAGCUGGGAGGUGUGACCACCUCUCGCAGGACCUCCAACCUCUUAGUUGAAAUGGAUGAUAUAGCAAUAUAUAAAUAUAUAAAAUAAUUAUUAUUUUUUGGUCAGAACUCUAUUUGCAGUGAUACAUAGUUGAACCAUUUUAAGUUAUGUUAGUUAGUCGGAAUGCCUGCAUCUCAGGACCUUCAUAUCCUUUUCAGUUGCUUCUUUUUCCUCUCACUGUCUUUAUUUUUUAGAUGCUUUCCCAAACCAGUAAUAGUCCAUAUAUUCUGGUCCCGGCUGGGGAAAUGCAUUAUAAGAUGAAUUAAAAGGUUUAUGAAUUACAGAGCAAGUCAAGCGGGACUUGCUAGUGCUCUGGAAAGGAAGCGAUUUCACAGCUUCAAGGGUUAUGGUGACUUCUUUCCUCUCUGGCGGAAGAGCGAGGUUGGAUGUUGCUGCUGCUCGGAUGCUCCACGUGUGCGGGUUCUGCACGCACCCGGAGCCGAGCGGGCGAUGGCCGCGCCGGGCUGAGCGGAGCCGUGCGCGGCGUCACCGUGCGCGGCGUCACCGUGCGCGGCGUCACCGCGGCUGUGACACCGGACGUGCUGCUGCCCGGGUGCCGGAGCCCCGAGGGGUCUGUGGAAGGACGCCCGGUGCCUUCGGUCGCUUGGCUUGCAAACUCUGGGGUGCGUGAACUUGAACACAGCAUCUGUCCGGCUGUUGCUGUUCGGGAAAUCGAAUGAUCAGGCGACGCUUUUGGUUUUACACGCGUGUUCCCUGGCUGGUUUAUGCCAAAGUGUAGGACCCAGAGAUUUGCUUACGGUGUUGUGAAGGAGAGAGCCGUGCGUUUUUACAGUAUUAAAGAUAUGCCUUAUAGAAAAAGUUAUUAUGCAAACAACGCAAUAGAUGUCCUGACCUACAUACCUCAUUUGGUGUAAUUCAGUGUUGGCUGCGAUCUGGUGAGACUGAUUUAUAUGAGCAGAAAACUUGACUCUGUAUUUGUAAGUUCUGCCUUUUGUUUUUUCUGCUGAUUAAGGGUGAGCCUAAACAAAAUUCAUUCACACUCCUUUGGUAACGUUUGUUCUGCUUCCAAAAUACGGUGCUUUCUACCGUGUUCCCAAAGGGAAAGACAACUUCUUAUGUUUUGUUCGGUGAGUCCCAAAACGGUGUUUGGAGGAACAAUCCCCUGGGAGUUCAGGGCUGGCAGCUGAGCAGAAAUAAAGCAGACGUUGCUCCCUUUGCUUUUCAGCGAUGUAAGACAGAGAUAAGAGUGAAACCUCCCAUCUUUAUUUUACAAACUGCCUGGUUGCAUAAGUUGUCUUGGAUCUGCAGUUUUUGGCCCGCAAAGGCUCCUUCUAAGUGUGGAUUGGCUUUCAAAAUCCCCCGUUACAGGGCAUCUUUGGGCUCCCGGUCGCUGGUGAGUCCUUGCUGUGCAGUCACCCUUCCUCCUGACGUGUGUUGGUGCUGCAGAAUGUCUCCCAAGAAGAAUUAGUGGUGGUUUUACUUUUAAGGACUUGAUAUCUAUGGAAAAAAAGUCCCCAUUGCCUCCAAUAGCAUCCGGCCAAGUCUCAAAAGCCUCGUGGUGACCAUUUCCUAGGAGAGUUUGUUCGUUAUCACGUGAGCUGGAGCCUUGUGCUGCGGGGAGGGGACACGUUUUGCCUUUGGGGUCUCCCACCGGUGGCUUCGGGUUGUCUGGGUGUUCACAGGGAGCGGUUGAGGUGGGUUGUACCGUGUUUGUGCUCGGAGACAAAGCCCUGGGAGCAUCAGCGCUGCAAGAGAGGGGAGGAUCGGCCGUGGCUGCUCCGAACCCGCUGGAGUCACAGCUUGAAGAGCUUCUGCAGCCAAAAACGGGAAAAAACCCAACACCACCUCCAGUACGUAGCUCUGUCCGCUGUCCAAAUAAUAAGCGCUAAAGGAAUGCAACAAGGAUAUUAAAGGUGCACACGAAGGCUGCUGGAACGAAGCAGAGCACUGCGCGGUGUGGGGCUGAGGCGCUGCCGACUUCCAAGUGCAGCAGCCUGAGGGAGCACGGAUGGAAAAACCCCGACAGCAAGAGCUGCCCAGCGAAGCGUCUGCGUUACCCAUUGCUCCGUGUUUCCUUUCCCCUCCCCAAAUUCACUUCUCCUCCAGCAUAUCUCCAGUUACAGGAGAUGACCCAAGCGUUCUGCUGGCCAUGAGGGUCGCUGGAAGGGUGAAGGAGAACCAGGUCAGGUCGUGUGUGCGGAGUCUGGAACCCUCUGCCCUGCUUUGCUGUGCUCAGAGUUGAGUCAUCUUGGUGCACACCGGUGGUUCAGGGCUUUUUCUGUCCUCCAUCAGCACCUCUUGAAAACAGAAGUGCUGCAAAGAGAUUUUUGGCUUUCCCUUGAGGUGUUUCCUCAGCAAAGCUGAGGCUGUUGUUCCUUGUGUUUUGUUGUCAUUGGGUUUUCUGUUUAAAUAUAUACCCAAAAGGCGGUGGUUGUUUUUAUUUUAAAUAUAUACCCCCCCAAGUCAUUUGUGGCUGGAUUGGGUCAGUGAGAGAUGCCGAGAACGGCUGUGAUAGCAAACUGUGAACUCAAGGGAUACCAAGUGUGAGGGCCCAGAGCUGUUUGAGCACGCGCCCCGUGUCACGGCCAGGGGGCUGAUUUGGCCUCGAGCUGUUAAAUUCGCUCAGGAAGCUGCUGGGAGGGAGCUCAGGCCUCGGCUGAGUCCGUGGGACAGGGAAGAUGCUUCACCGGAGCGAACAGGUACCACAGAUACAAAAGAUGGAGGUUCAAGGCAUUGCCUUUGCUAACUGGAUUCAGGUUCUCCUUCCUUUUCUUCAUUUAUACUUGAAAAACGGCUUUUGGAUAAUUCUGUGAAGCUUCUUUCAGCACUAUGUCCAGGUCUCACGUCGCUGGUGCUGGAGAAGCGUCAGCCUGUUCCCCUUCGCACCCGCACCGGCUCCUGUCGCCCGUGUCUGUCCCGACAGAGCGGAGCUGUGGGCUCCAGCCCUCGCUGUCCUGGGGGUCCAGCCCUCACUGUUGGGGGGUCCAGCCCUCGCUGUACUGGGGUUCAGCCCUCACUGUCCUGGGGUUUCCAGCCCUUGCUGUCCCAGGGGUUCCAGCCCUUGUUUUCUGGUGGAUUCGGCUCUCGCUGUCUUGUGGGGUUCAGCCUCACUGUUCUAGGGGCUCCAGCCUUUGCUGUCCUGGGGUUCCAGCCCUCACUGUCCCAGGUAGUUCCAGCCCUCACUGUCCCAGGGUUCCAGCCCUCAUUGUCCAGCAGAUUCAGCCCUUGCUGUCCCAGGGGUCCAGGCCUCGCUGUACCCCGGGGUUCCAUCCCUUGUUGUCUGGCGUAUUCAGCCCUCACUGUACUGGGGUUCCAGCCCUCAUCUGGCGCAUUCAGCCCUCGCUGUACCGGGGUUCCAGCCCUCGUUGUCCAGCACAUUCAGCCCUCGCUGUACCGGGGUUCCAUCCCUCAUUGUCCGGCGCAUUCAGCCCUCACUGUACCGGGGUUCCAUCCCUCGUUGUCCGGCGCAUUCAGCCCUCGCUGUACCGGGGUUCCAUCCCUCGUUGUCCGGCGCAUUCAGCCCUCGCAGUCCCAUCCCGCUGGCUGAGGGAGGGAGGGAAGCCACGCCGGGCACAGCGAGGUGUGUGGGCUGGUCUGCAGCCCCGAUUCAGGUCAGAUCAGGCUGAAUUUCCAGCUGGUAUUUUGGCAGCUUUUAUGUUCUUGAAGCACUUUACACACAGAGCAAGCUAACCAUGCCCCAGAAGCUAAUGAUGCUGCCAGCCAACAUCCAGUGCUUAAAUGGUUUUAAAUCUCUUUUGGGGGGUGGAGGCAGCUUGUUUGUAUCUCUUCAUGUGACCUAUGAAUUAAUGGGACUUGUGGUUAUGGACAGAAAAUGGAAUUUCAAUGCCAGUUAGUCCAAUAUCCUUCUCAUUUCCAGCCUGUAUUCCUCCUAAUCCUGCACUGCCAGUACUGCAGCUUCAGCGCCAUGAAUUGUAAGUGGAAAUUGCAUUUCCAUAGUCUCUGAAGCUUAUGUUUUUAGUGAAUAUGGAAGAAUAAUGCUAAUUGUUUUCUUUACCACGCAACCGGUUAUCGCAAUGAAAUAAGACCGGUAUGGCCUCAAUGCAACCUUUCAAAGUUGGUUUUCUGAAGAGAACCGCUGGUUUCAUCUCUUUUUCAAGCUGUAGUAAAUUCUGUAAACUGCCCUGGGUCCUCGUGCCCGGCCAGAGGGUUUGUCCUGCGUCAAUCUCCCGUUCGUGCUGGGAAAGGGACUGGUUCCUACCCAUUGCCAGCUUCAGCUUGAAUGCACUUAAGUCUUUUCCAAGCGAUGGGUCAGGGUUUCUGCACGCAGAAAUAAACGCGGUGGGCUUGGCUCUCGGUGCCUCGCUGCCGUGACGCUCGUCCAGCGCACGCACCGGGACCGGCCGCCGCGCUGGAACCGGCGCUUGCCAAGACCUUCCCCGCGUCUGUUCUCCCUCGGCGCUGGUUCUGACGUGGAGUUCGGAGUGCGGGGCUGGUCCUGCCUUGCGGAGUUCACGGUCGGGGUCUCGGGCAGCGCACACUCAAUCUGUACCGCACGCUGUGCAUGGAGCACGUAGGUGAUAGUGAGCUCGUAACAAACCCGCGUGAGCAAUCGUGGCACGCAGCACCUGGAGCGUGUCUUCAGUGGCGCUUAAGCAAAACUGAGUGAGAUCUGCAUAAUCACUGAACUCUUAAUCACUCCAAAGUGGUAAUCUGUUACUUUAACUCAGCUUCCACCAAAGACUCUUGUGUUGGGGAGUUGAAUUUUUGUGGUGUUUGUCUUGUUCUGUUUUUUCCUGACGGUGUUCAAUCAAGGCCUCUCAGUGCACCGAAAGACUCCAAAGCAUUUUUACAGUAAUAUCUUGAUAGCAAAAUCUUGUUCCGGUUCUGAAACACAUUCCUGAAACCUGAUCAGCUGCGUUGGUGUCCCUAAAAAUAAGCCACAGCCUGUCGUUUCCAUUGUAGGUAGGGUGGAUACUGUCACACGCACCUAGAAAUGCUCCCAUGGCAUGUCAGAGGGAUGAUGCUGGAUCCCCUGUUCCUGAUCCCCACAAAGGGGAUCACCUGGUGGGGUGGGGAGGGCAGGGACUUGCUCAGGGCGCUGAUGUGGGAUGCAGCAGGUGUGGGAUGCAGCAGGUGUGGGAUGCAGUUGGUGUGGGAUGCAGUUGGUAUGGGAUGCAGUUGGUGCGGGAUGCAGCGGGUGCGGGAUGCAGGUGGUGCGGGAUGCAGCGGGUGCAGGAUGCAGUGGUUGAGCAUCACUACACAGCGAGCCUGGCAGAGAAUGAAACUCCCUCAUUCAUGAGCGGUCGGAGCUGGAGCACCCGUGGUCUCCGCGAACUGUGACGAACAAUCCGCGACGCGUGUCCGGAGAGCAGCGUUUCUUUGCACCGCACUGUUGUUAAGGCGAUCCAUAGCGGUGCUGGAAGUACCUCUGCCUUGCAGAUUCGAUUGGAGUCAAUAUUGCACUCCGGGUGUGACCAUCUGUGUUUCUGGUAAUCAUUAUGAAGAAAAGUUCAAGUUGUAAACUUAUGUACAUUUUAUUAAAACUGUAUCUGAUUACAAUA